AAAAGCGUCGUGCGGUGUUAGAGAGGACGUUCAGACUUUCUGUCCCAACCCACCAGGUCCAAUAAGAAAAAGAAAAAAGAAAAAAAGGAAAAUGACAUCCUCAAAGAAGGCCUGGGGGUGGUUGCACCGCAGGACGGAGUCCUUCAAAGCCCAGUCUGAAUCUCUCAUCUCUACCAGAUCACGUCCCGUCUCGUAUCUCAAUCCCGUCCAGGAGGACCAGCAACGCGAUAUCGGCCAAGGCAGCAGCAGCCCAGCCCAGCAGCCUCACGAACAAGACGCCCGCGGAAGCAGCGUCCCCACAAAUAUUCCUCAUUCUUCCGAUCCUCACUCCGACAUGUCUUCCGCCCCUCAAACCAAGGAAAAAGACGAGCUGCCCUCACCCGCUGUCGCUCAGAGCCGGCCAAGGGACUCAUCCGACGCAGAGAAAGGAUCCUACUCUCCCAGGAUGAACAGCUUAAGGCAAUUUUUGAUGCAGGAAAUUGACGGUUCACGCGCCUCUGCACCUUUAACCGCCUAUUGCUUCAUGACCGGCUUCAUUGAUGCGGUCUGCUUUUCCGCGAUCUUCGUAUGGUGUGCGUUCCAGACAGGAAACAGUGUCCAGCUUGCACUCGCCUUAGCACGUCUCUUCAACGGUACACACGACCUUUCUUUCCACCUCGCAGAUCAACAAGCCCUCUGCUCUGUGUUCUCCUUCAUCUUCGGCGCUUUCAUCGGCCGACUUGGUGAUAAGAUCGGCUGCAAGACGCGUCUAUGGGUCACCUUCGGCACGUUCAUCCAGACAAUGUUCACCAUGGCAGCGGCCAUCGCCAUCUGGAAGUCUGGACAACCGAGUCUUUCGGAUACUCGUGCUGACCCGGCAUGGAGCAACGCGCUCUCGUUCGUGUGCAUCGGGUUUAUGAGUGCUAGCAUGGGUUUACAGGGGAUCAUGGGAAAGAGACUAAACACCCAAUUUACAACUACUGUCGUCCUAACCACAACAUGGUGCGAACUCAUGACCGAACCCCAACUCUUCCACUUCCGCCGGCUAGUAAAAGCACGUGACCACAAGGUUCAUGGCCAUCCUCUUCCUGUUCAUCGGAGGAUUCAGCGGGACGUGCCAUCCUUGACAAAAUCGGAUCAGCUGGUACCCUCGGUGUCGGCGCCGGUAUCCGUUUCCUCAUCACCUUGUCGUGGUUGUUCGUGCCCACCUAAGAAAACUCCCAAGAACUAGUCGCGCGGUAUAUAUCCGUGCUCUUUGAAGAUGAAUGCGAGGAACGAGGAAAUGGAAACCACCAGAGACGACCGGUGACGAACGCAACGCGAAUUAUUUUCGGCGAUUGUAUAGCUUGUAGCAGUGGAAAGAGAUGACGCAAGCCUGGCGCUGAGCGGUAAGAUAAUCAGGGAGAGGUCGUUGACCUGUUUAGAGGCUGCUCUUGCUGCCUAGCAUACGACCAGCGAGACGAAAGACGGAUAUCCCGGGUUUCUGGCAUUUAGAUAUAGUAUCAUUAGAGCUACAUAUAUGCAUAUGACAUUCGCCUUCAUAGCAAUUACGGCCAUGGUUUAGGUCUUACAGGGAUCCAGUUCAAUAGAUUGCUUUUGGUUGAAUGCUUGCAUGAACAAGAGAGCAGGGUAAGAAAGAAAGUAUUGAGGUCAUAGGUAAUAGAAAUGUAGACGACCUGUUGAGGGUUACAGUAGAAACUGCUGCCCUCACCAGCGAGAGGGAUGUGC